AUGUAUUACUUGGUAGUGAUUGCUUUGCCGAUGUAUAUCACGCAAAUAACGGCAUCAAAUAAUGGGAGUCUGCCAAUACAAGCAGGAGUAGGAAAUAACAAGGAAAUUACGAUCGCAGCUAAUAACACUAAGACAAAAGAAAAAUGGUUCAAAUGCCAGGUAUGCGAUAAGCAAUUCGGACGUGCAGGCACUCUGAAAUACCAUAUUAGGACACAUACCGGUGAAAAAAAUUACCUAUGUAUGAUAUGCGAUAAGCAAUUCGGACGUGCAGACACUCUGAGAUACCAUAUGAGGAUACACACCGGUGAAAAAAAUUACAUAUGUAAGAUAUGCGAUAAGCAAUUCAGACGUUCAGGCACUCUGAAAUGCCAUAUGAGGAUACAUACCGGUGAAAGAAACUACAUAUGUAAGGUAUGUGAUAAGCAAUUCAGAUAUACAAGCCAUCUGAAAUGCCAUGUGAGGACACAUACCGGUGACAACAACUAUGUAUGUAAGGUAUGCAACAAAACAUUCAAUCAGCAUUCAAACAUGAAGGCACACGAACUGACACAUAACAACAUACGACCAUUCAAAUGUGAACAGUGUGGUAGGAAUUUCACUCGGAAUUAUAAUUUGAAAAAACACGUGAAUUCACACAAAUGUUCGAAUGAAAAGCUGUGUUCUAUCUCGGGCGAUCUGAAUCGAAACAAAUCGGCGCGGGUGGAAGUACGACCAUUCAAAUGUGAAAUGUGCUAUAAAGCUUUCAAAGAGCGUCACCUUCUGAAAUACCAUAUAAUGACACAUAUGGACGAAAAAACAGGGAAAUGCAACUUAUGCGGUAAAGCAUUCAAUUGCCGUUCAGCUCUUCAGAGACACAAAUUGACCCAUGAAAACGUGCGAUUCGAUUGUAAACAAUGUGGUAGGAAUUUCACUCGAAAGUAUAAUUUGAAUAAACACAUGAAAAUGCAUAAUAAUACGAUUGAAAAUCUGUAUUUGACAGUGAACUCCUUAAUUGUUUCGAUAGCAGAAGAUAUCAUUGACACAGAAAUAUUAAUAAUGGAAAUUCUAGCAUUCACAAGUAUAUAA